AUGAAGGAAAUUGUUCUCAGAAUGGUCGAUAAGUGGACUCAGUAUGAACUUAUCUAUCAGGGCAUCGAAAACGAUGUUAAUGAAAUAGUCAAGAACGAAUUUCUCAGCAGAGGAUCUCUUCAAGAAAGUAAUGAAGGUAACUCUAUCCCCACAAAUCUUUGUGCAUUCAGGAAGAACUCAAGCAGUUCAAUUGUUAUUAAUGAAGAAUUCAUGGGUAGCUGUCUUUUGGAGUAUUCAAGCGCUUAUCUGAAUUUGUUUCUUCUUGAACAACAAGAACAACAAUUAGGUAUAGUUGCAGGACAUUUUGCCUCCACACAGACAAUCGAGGAUCAAAAGAUGACAAAGAAAAUAGUCUUUAUAGGCUGGGUAGCCUUUCUAGAGAUUUAUAUCCACAUUGCUCAAAUUAAAGAUCGUUUGCCGGCAGAACUUGUUGAGAAUGUGUCUUUUCUGAAUUCUUCUCUUUCUACGCAGCAGCAGAUCUACUCUGAACUCUUCUCUUUCUACGCAGCAGCGGGGCCUAAGAAUCGCUGCUCUUUCUACGCAGCAGCGGGACAUAAUAGAUCCGCUUUGGACAGCGGGACAUAA